GUUUUUACCUUCUGUUUCAAAACAAAAAAAAAAAAGGUUAGAUUUUACCUUGCAGACACCUUUUUUUUUUUUUCUUCUUCCUUUGUUUGUUUCUCUGUAGACAGUCUCUGCAAUCUGUAGUAUGUUAAUAAAUUUGGGUUGUAAGAAGACAAACCUGUGAUAAAAUAGCAACUCUCUUCUCUCUAUUAGCCUAAGAUUUCCUUCCUUCAUUCUCACAUCUAAGAGAUGAGGCAUUUUAUGUUGGCUCUUUUUCUAGCCAUUCUGAUCCACCAAGGGUGUUUCCACAUCCAUGUUGAAGCUGGAGAUGGAUUCAUCAGAACCAGAGGAGUGCAUUUCUUCUUGAAUGGUAACCCUUACUAUGCAAAUGGGUUCAACGCCUAUUGGUUGAUGUAUAUAGCUUCUGAUCCAUCUCAAAGACACAAAGUUUCAACUGCUUUUCGUGAGGCUGCAAGCCAUGGCCUCACUGUAGCUAGAACUUGGGCUUUCAGUGAUGGCGGUUACAGGCCUUUGCAGUACUCUCCUGCCUCUUACAAUGAACAAAUGUUUAAGGGACUGGAUUUUGUUAUAGCUGAAGCUAGAAGAUAUGGGAUCAAGCUCAUAUUGAGUUUGGUAAACAACUAUGAAACCUUUGGAGGGAAGAAGCAGUAUGUGAACUGGGCUAGAAGUCGAGGACAGUAUCUAUCUUCUGAUGAUGAUUUCUUUAGACACCCUGUUGUUAAGGGUUACUUCAAGAACCAUAUCAUGACCGUCCUAAACAGAUACAACAGCUUUACUAGAAUGCACUAUAAAGAUGAUCCAACAAUAAUGGCAUGGGAACUUAUGAAUGAGCCCAGAUGCACAUCUGAUCCUUCUGGAAGGACUAUUCAGGCUUGGAUAAUGGAAAUGGCUCAGUUUGUGAAGUCAAUGGACAGAAAUCACUUGCUGGAAGCUGGAUUAGAAGGAUUUUAUGGAAAAUCAACACCACAGAGGACUUCUCUCAACCCUGGAAUUGAAAUGGGAACUGACUUCAUUGCCAAUAACCGCAUCCCCGGCAUUGAUUUUGCCACAGUUCACUCAUACCCAGAUCAAUGGUUAUCCAACUCUAACGAUCAAUACCAACUUACGUUCUUAAACAACUGGCUCAACGCUCACAUCCAAGAUGCACAAUAUACUCUGCGAAAGCCAAUCCUCCUGACAGAGUUCGGAAAAUCUUGGAAAGAUCCUGGUUUCAGCACAUACCAGAGAGACCAAAUGUUCAACACAGUGUACUUCAGAAUAUACUCGUCAGCUAAAAGAGGAGGAGCAGCUGCUGGAGGCCUGUUUUGGCAACUUCUGACUGAAGGAAUGGAUAGUUUUCGAGAUGGUUAUGAGAUAAUCUUAGGAGAGCGAUCAUCUACUGCAAAUGUCAUAUCUCAACAAUCUCACAAGCUCAAUCAAAUUCGAAAGAUCUUCGAGAGAAUGAGGAAUGUGCAGAGGUGGAAGAGGGCAAGGGCUAUGAGGAGGCAUCAGGGUGGAAACAGGGGUGGGCAUAUUGGAAACUGAAGAUUCUCAUGCAUUGAGGACAUAAUCAUAAAUAAGAGAAAAAUUAAAGAAAGAAGAUUGGGAGUGAAGAGUGUGCAAUUGUGUUCUCUUUUUGGUCAUGUUUUUUUUUCUGUAUGUUAGUUUUCUCUCUUAGAGAUGAUUGUGUUUUCGUCCAGGAGGGUCAGCUUAGGGUUUUUACCUCUCUCUACUUGUGCUCUUUCUAUUGUUAAUGAGUCUUAUAUUACUCCAUAUCUGCCCAACAGAAUUAUUCAAGAGAUUUACUGAGAGAUGCUUCAUAGAUAAAUGCCAGCAGCAAAAAAGAUUUAUGGAGAAAAUAAGUAUCUAUUCAAAAUUCCCAGUUACAGGGUUUAGAA